AUGGGGCGAGUGAGUGGAAGUAACAGCAAGGGAAUGAGUGGAAUAAGAGAGAACAGGUCUUCUAUUGAAGGCGUAUAUUUGCAGGAAGUGGACUUUAGCCCGGGACCUUUCGGUAAUAACGCCGCUCGCUACGAGGCCGUCGAUUUCACUUGGCCGGUUUCCUUCGUGGAAGUCAAAGUCUUCGCUGGUCGAGGGAGUCCCGAGGUAGAUCCGUGGGGCUUUUUGCUGCCCCUCGCCCCGUGGGUGUGGGCGGCUCUGCUAUCAACCUUUCUCCUUCUCUCUGUCACCUCAUCCUUCCUCUUCACCAAGUUUUCAGAGGAAGACUUGGGUAGCAGCGAGAUCUUUGCCUCAAAUAUGCUAUAUUUUGUCAGCAUCGUGCUUCGUCAGUCCGUGUGGAUGGGUGAGGGCGGGUGGUGGUGGCAACGCGUGGUGCUGGGCGUGUGGAUGCUGAUGACCAUGGUGCUGACGCGCAGCUACGAGGGCAACCUUAUAUCACUGCUGGCCGUGAGACACCUGCCCCAGCCCUACCAGACCCUCAGGGACGUGGUGAACGACCCCUCCGUGGUUAUGGUCUGGCACAAGGGAGGAGCACCCAUUCAGUCGGUUAUGGUGCGUAAACACAAAGAGUUGCUUUAA